AUGGAAUUCGACCUGAUUUUGGGGAUGGACUGGCUUUUCAAGCACUACGCUAAGAUAGACUGUCGGAAACGAGAGGUUGUGUUUGAACCUCCAACUGAAGACAGGAUGAGUUACACAGGAACAUCAGUUAAGGCCACCCCACCUUUGAUCUCGGCGUUGCAAGCUAGGAAGUGUAUCGAUGAUAGAGCCUCAGCGUUUCUAUUGAUAACUGUAGAGGAGACAACCAAAACUAUAGGAAUCCAAGGGAUACCUGUGGUUGAAGACUUUCCUGAAGUUUUCGUUGAUGAGUUACUUGGUUUACCACUGGAUAGAGAAGUAGAAUUCCAAAUAGAGUUGGAGCCGGCAACAACUCCGACUCACAAGGCGCCAUAUCGUAUGGCCCCUACCGAAUUGAAGGAGCUCAAGCUACAAUUGGAAGAACUUUUGGAGAAGGGUUUUAUCCGCCCUAGUUCUUCGCUGUGGGGAGCACCUGUGGAUAUAAAAAUGUCUAGUUGUCAAUCAACCAGUGCUACAUCUACAACACUUGCUCCUGUAAGAUCAGAAGAUCCAGCAUGGACCCAUGCACGUGCAGUGCCAGGGGCUAGAAAUAAUACUGAAUGUUUAUAUUGUAAUAAAGUAAUUAGAGGUGGCGGGAUCACUCGGUUGAAGUAUCAUCUAGCUGGGAUUCCAGGCAAUGUAGAAGCAUGUAAAAAAGUCUCUGAAGAUGUAAAAUGGCAAAUGAAAGAGUUGCUUGAUGAAAUGAAAAGAAGCAAAGAGAAAAAAAGAAAAAUAAGCUUGGAGAUUGGAGGCGAUAUAGAUUUAACAUCUGAUGAUAUUGAUGAUAGUAAUAGUAUGGAGGGACAGUCUCAGCUUUCAAAAGGUAAGGGGAAGUCGAGAGAAUCUGGAACUGGAAAGUCAGUGGGGGGAUUAAGUAGAUUUUUUGCUCCAAGAACAACUCCUGGGGCCCAACCUUCAAUUAAGAGUUCUAUGUGUUCAAAUGAGAUGCUUGUACAAGCAAAGAUGGCUGUAGCACGCUGGUGGUAUGAUUCUAAUCUGCCUUUCAAUGCGGCUCAAUCCAAGUUUUAUCAACCAGCUAUCGAUGCCAUGACUGCUAUCGGACCAGGAUUUAAGGGCCCUUCUUUAUAUGAGUUGAGAGGAAAUUUGUUAAAGAUGGCUGUGAAUGAGGUUCAAGAUUAUUUGCAACAAAUUAAGAAGGUUUGGAAUGACACCGGUUGUACACUAAUGGCAGAUGCUUGGACAAAUCAGAAGCAACAAUCAAUAAUCAACUUUUUAGUUUAUUGUCCGAAAGGUACAAUGUUCUUGAAGUCUGUUGAUACAUCUGGCCUUAGAAAAGAUGCUGAAACAUUGUUUAAUAUCUUUGAUGAGGUUGUUCAAGAAAUUGGAGCUGAGAAUCUUGUGCAGUUCAUAACGGACAAUGAUGCAAGUUAUAAAGCUGCAGGAAAAAAGUUACAGCAGAAGUAUGGCUCUUUCUACUGGUCCCCUUGUGCAGCUCAUUGCAUAGACUUGAUGUUGGAGAAUUUUUGUGAUCCAAGAUAUUUUCCCCUUAUUGAUGAUACUAUAAAAAAGGCAAAAAAGAUAACAAAGUUCAUCUAUAACCAUGGUUGGGUUUUGGCAUUGAUGAGACAAGAGUUCACCAAAGGUCAUGAUUUGUGUCGUCCUGCAGUUACAAGGUUUGCGACAAAUUUUUUAAGUAUCCAAUGCUUGCUCUUGUUUAAGAAAGAACUGAGACAAAUGUUUACUUGUGAUAAAUGGAUUGCAUCAAGUCAUUCUAAAAGCAUCAUAGGGAAAGAGAUAGCUGUGAUUGUUUUAGAAGAUAAAGAGUUUUGGGCUCAAUGUCAAUUUAUUGUUAAAAUUAGUGAGCCUUUGGUUCGUGUUCUACGACUUGUUGACGGGGAUGAGAAGCCUGCAAUGGGAUACUUGUAUGAUGCAAUGGAAAGAGCCAAAGAGAACAUAAAAGCAAGAUGUAAUAACAAAAUGGAACUUGAUCCUGAUGAUCAAGACAAGAUCAGUGAAGAACUUGACUCGUAUAAUAAUGCAGUAGGUGAGUUUGGACAUGCUUUAGCAAUCCGCCAGCGUGAUAAGCUUAAUCCAGUUGCAUGGUGGACCCAAUUUGGUUGCGAGGUUCCAACACUUCAAAAGUUUGCUGUUCGAGUACUAAGUCAAUGUUGUAGUGCAACUGGAUGUGAGAGAAACUGGAGUACAUUUGAUUUUAUUCAUUCGAAGAAGAGAAAUAGAUUAGUACAUAAACGUUUGAAUGACUUAGUAUUUGUUCGUUAUAACUUGAAGCUGCGAGAGAGGAGCAUAAAAAAGGGAAGAGAUGCUUUAAAUCCAAUCAAUCUUGAAAAUAUUGACUUGAUGGAAGAAUGGGUGAGUGAAGAAUCUGAGCUUCUUGAUGGAGAUGAUUUGGAUUUGGCAAGUAUUGAGGAGCCAUUAAUCUCACUAAAUGAGGAAGACGUUGAUAAUAUAUUAUUGGAUAAAAAUAUAUCUUCGCGAGCUCCACUUUCUCAGCCUCCAACCGCAGCCGUUUGUCCUCUUGAUGUAAUUUUCUGGCCUCCGUCUCCUUGUCAUACACCAUCUUCUCGGCUUUAA